AUGUCUUUGCAUACAAAUAAACUAUUGCGGUUAAGAAGUUCUUACUUGGCUAAAAGGUUAUAUUCAUUUCAGACAAUAACUACGCCAAACGAAAAUGCAUUGAAAUUUAUAUCCCCAGAGUGCCAAAUUGUUCCAUCGUCAAAUAAAACAUUUGAAUUCACUUCUUCAUUACAGGCUAUACAUUCGCCAUUAGCAUUAAAGCUAUUCAAAUUACCGGGGGUGAGAUCUGUCAUGUUGGGUCCAGACUUUUUAACAGUCAACAAGCAGGAUCACAUAAACUGGGCAAACUUAAAGCCCGAAGUCACGCAAUUAUUGGAUAAGUUUUUGACUGAAAAGAAGGAGCCUACUAUAACUAAUGAAUUAAUAAAGCUGAGCGAGGAGGAAGAUGCUGCAGCUAAUGAGGGAGAUCUGGAAAUUGUGUCGAUGAUAAAAGAGUUAAUUGAGACGAGAAUCAGACCUGCAAUUCAAGACGAUGGUGGUGAUAUUGAAUACAAGGGAUUUGACGAAGAAACAGGCACAGUUUUCUUAAAGCUUCAAGGUGCCUGCAAGUCGUGUUCAUCUAGUGAAGACACAUUGAAACUGGGUAUCGAAUCAAUGUUGAAGUAUUACGUAGAAGAAGUAAAGGAAGUAGAGCAAAUUUUGGAUCCUGAAGAAGAAAUAGCACUCAAAGAAUUUGAUAAGUUAGAACUGCAGAUUAAAGAAAAGAAGCAGUCGAAAGAUGCACCUCCUCCAUCUUUAUGA